AUUUCUAGUAGACCGUUGGGUACAGUACACAAUCUCAACACCAACUCAAAAACGCCGAACGGUUCAACUGGCAAACCACCCCAUCGGAGGAGACGCAAGAAAGGGAUCCACUCGAAGAUUUUGAUUCUGCAGAAAGAGAGAGAGAGAGAGAAAAAAAUGAGGAUUCCCAAUAUUAUUUGCAGAGCUUCCUGAAUUAAAAAAAAAAAAAAAACCAUGUCUUCUACACCUGAAAACUUCUUCUUCUCUCUUGGCAGCUGAAAACGAAGCUGUGGGGAGCGGUCUGAAACGAUGUCGUGUACCCCUGAGAAACCAAUUAGUCACUCUCCAUUGAAGCUAUGGAGCAACAACAAGAAAGCUCUCAACAAAAUCUUCUUCACAAUGCGUCUCCAAUCUCUCCCCAAACACCCUCCUCCUCCAACUCAACCCCCUUCUCCUUGUUUCUCUCCUAAUCCUAAACCCAACAAAUCCCAUGAUUUUGUCUUCUUGCCGGAGCUCGUCUUCGACAGAACCUCUCUCCUUUCUGAUGAUAUUCUUCUCAAAAUCCUCUCUAAGCUUCCUGCGACCCAGAGGAACUCUAAUUCCUUGGUUUCCAAACGCUGGCUCAAUCUCCAAGGCCGUCUCGUGAGGUCCGUCAAGAUACUUGAUUGGGACUUCCUUGUUUCCGGCCGUUUGUUUUUCAGGUUCCCAAAUCUUGUUCAUGUUGAUUUAGUUCAAGGGUCUUUACUAUCUCCCAGAAAUUCCGGUACUUUGUGCAGUCACAAGUUUGUUGCUUUUUAUGUGGAUACUGAUACUGAUACUGAGCCCAGUCGGUCUCUUGCUUGUGAAAGAUUUUUGCUUUCUACUGAUGACGUUGAUUCCGGGUUGAGGAACUUAGCUAAUGGGUGUCCAAAUCUGAGGAGACUUGUGGUGAUGAAUGCCAGUGAAAUGGGGCUAUUGAGUGUUGCUGAGGAGUGCCCUACUUUGCAAGAACUGGAGCUCCACAAGUGUAACGACCAGGUUCUUCGAGGAAUUGCUGCAUUUCAAAAUUUGCAGAUUUUGAAGCUGAUUGCCAACUUGGAUGGUAUUUAUACUUCCGGAGUUUCAGAUGUUGGGUUGACUAUUUUAGCCCAAGGUUGCAAGAGACUAGUGAAGCUUGAACUAAAUGGCUGCCAGGGAAGCUAUGAUGGGAUUCGAGCAAUUGGACAGUGCUGCCAAAUGCUCGAGGAAUUGAUUUUGGCUAAUCAUCAGAUGGAGGAUGGGUGGCUAUCGGCUCUUUCUUUUUGCGAAAAUUUGAAGACACUGAGGUUUUUGUCUUGUAAGAAUAUUGAUCUGAAUCCCGGGUGUCAUGAGCAUUUGGGAUCUUGUCCUACGCUUGAACGUUUGCAUUUUGAGAAAUGCCAUUUGAGGGAUAAGCAGAGUAUCAUAGCACUGUUUAUCGUUUGUCAAGGAAUCAGGGAGCUUAUUUUUAGAGAUUGCUGGGGCUUGAACAAUGAAGUGUUCAGCGUUGCAAGUAAUUUGAGGAGAGUGAAGUUAUUGUCAUUGGAAGGUUGUUCAGUGCUGACAACAGCAGGUUUGGAGGUGGUGGUUUUAUCAUGGAUGGAUCUUCAGAGCCUUAAAGUUAUGUCAUGCAACAAAAUAAAGGACAGUGAGAUCUCCCCUGUGUUGUCUUACAUGUUCUCUACUCUUGAAGAUCUGCAAUGGAGGCCAGAUACAAAAUCCCUUCUUGCAUCAAAUCUUGGUGGAACUGGCAUGGGAAAAAGGGGUGCUAAAUAUUUUAAGAAGACUUGUGACUGGAAAUCUCUCCCUGGUUCUCAACCUGAAAUGAUGCUGUCAUUCACCUUCAAAAAUCCACUCUAAUUAUUGUAAAGCUGGUGGAAUCUGUAACUUUUUUGUUCCCCAUCAUAUGUAACCGCAAGUUCCCUAAGGCCUAACAUAUAUAUGUAUUUGGUGAACCUGCAAGUUCCCUGAGGCCUAAUGUCGAGUUCAGUUCAGACACAAAAUCGUUUUAUAGGAAAUUAGCAUCCCGAAAAAAAAGAUCAGCUUCUUGUUUGAUGACAGUACUAAUAAUAGAUGGAAG